AUGAUAUCCACAGUGGGUCCAGAAACUUUUCGCUUUAUGAUCGAUGCCAAGUCAUUGAUCAUCGGCUUUUUAGUUGAUACAAAGCCGGACGAGGGAAAUCGGAAUCGUCUUCAAUUAGCGAUGACCGUGAUGAAAAUGUCCGAUUUAUUCCGAUGGCAUGACGAAUGUCGCUUACGGGUUUAUGUUAAUGUUGAGAUUUUAAAGAAACCUUUGAACACACCUGAGAUCGCGUACAAAACACAUUGUCUACCAACAUGCAUGUUCCAUAUGGAUUCCACAGAAUCUUCUCGUUUAGUCUGUUGUAAAGUAAAAUGUUUUGCACUUACAGACAGCAUGCGGCAUGUGGUGGUUGUUGAAAUCUGA